CUCUUAUUACAAAGUUUAGCGUUAGAAUGAAUGGUGUAUUUGCAUGAUAUACUGUCAGUCAUAUAUCAUAAAAGACAUAUUGUUAAACUCUCGCAAAGAUCUCGGUUUUUACUCUUUUCAAGAGGGAUUUUAAAUAAUUUACCUUGAACAGAGAACCUCAACAGAAAUUUCGACGUCUUUUAAAGAACAUUUAAAGUUAAACCUGGGAGGGAAAGUGGAUCGUGAAUUCUAAUGAUGCCACAAUUAUCCUCAGUAUGUCUUGAAGUAUAUAUAAAUAAUAUAGAGUAAAAAUACUGAGACUAAGACACUACUGUAUAUAAAAUACUGAUAGAACACGUGCAGCGCGUGAUGGACCGUCGUGCGGAGAUCGUCCUCUCUCUGUAUGUCCUAGUCCUCGGACUUCUACGGGGAUGCCAAGGAGCCGCGCCACAGUUCGGGGGACUCCCGACGUCCGUUACAGUGGGCGAACAAGAGACGGUGGACCGGCUGAUCUACACGCUGACGGUGACGGACGCCGACAACGACCCGUUCAACUGUGACAUAUCUACCUCCACCCCAGCGGGAGCUCCAUUCAGAGUUCUCAAAGACCCAGUCACCAACAAAUUCGGCGUCUACACUAACUCUCCGACGUUUAACUUCGGUACCAACCCCACGUACCAACUUACAGUGCAGUGUGACGACAACACGGGGAACACACCAACAGCCGUGCUCUCAGUGGACAUCCUUGACGGAGACAAAAUCACCUUCACCAACAUCCCGGCGACGACUACUCAUGCAGCUUUGACAACGCUGGUAAAUUCCGCCAUAUUUGACGUGGAUGCUACAGAUCUCCUCGGUCAUACGCCGUUAACGUACACAAUAACAAGUAUUCCCGCCACAACGAGCUUUCAAAUAGACGGAACAACGGGUGCUAUCACAACAGCUCGGGAUCUAAAGUUCGAGACCAAUGCGGCCAUAGAUCUGUACGUCACCGUGUCCGACGGCUCCAUCGCCGUCACAGAAAAACUGAGGGUCCAGCUCACAGAUCUCAAUAACGUGCCCACGUUCACAAACCUGCCCGCAACAAUCAGCCAGAAUGAGGACACUGCUUCCGGCACGGUUCUAUACACACUGACGUCAUUUGACGCUGACGCAGGUGCGACGUUGUCGUAUACCAUGACAGUCAAUCCACCCGCAUAUUCCGGAUUAUUUACGUUCGCAACAAACACUCUGCAGCUGUCUCUGACGGCGGGCCAGACUUUCGACUACGAGACAAGGAGUUCCUUCACAGUUUCGUUUACAGUCACAGAUACCAUGGCAACCACGGGGCCCAUUGACCUCACGGUUAACAUCAACAACAUCAACGAGGCCUGCUAUUUCGACAAAACGUAUUACUACGUCACGCUCGCAGAGGCUACGGCUGGCAGUGUGACGUACAAUCCGAAUUUCCUAGUUCGGGACUAUGAUGGGGCGGCGGCCUAUACUUUGUCGUUUGCCGCGGGAAACAACAGCAACAGAUUUUCCAUUGACGCCAACAGUGGCAUCAUCUCUUUCGCCGUGGACUACAACAUUGAUAACGGCGCCAUGCCGUCGUCCGUCAUCCUGACGGUGGUGUGCACGGACACCACCAGCAAGACCGGAACCUCCAAGGUGGAGGUCACAAUCACGGAUGUUAAUGACAACGCCCCAUCGUUCACCCAGUCGACCUACAGUAUUACCGUGGACCAGUACGAUGCGCCGGGCUCACUGAUGGGGACUAUAUCACCCACAGACGCCGACUCAGGGGUCAACGGCGAGUUCUCGUGCUCCGGAAGUUCGACAGCGUCAUCAGCUACGACUUACUACUCAAUAGGAGCCGACUGUGGAGUUUAUCUGUUAUCCUCCCCAUCUGGGAACUUGGAUUACGGCACAAUUUCGAGAUUUACAAUCACAGCGGUAGACAAGGGUUCCCCGUCCCUGACCGGAACCACCUACGUAGACAUUAUCUACAAAGAGGCAACCACUACGACAACCACAACUACUGCAGCGCCCUCUACCUACAACUUCUGGGAUGACAGCGGCGCUGUGGCGGCUUUCUCUAUCGCCAUGGUUCUAGGAACCAUUUUACUCGCUGCCCUGCUAUACUACUUGUUGAGAUGUUGCUUUACGGGAAUGUGCUGCGGUCCGGAACCGUGUGACUUCAUGGAAUGUUGCAGAAGCUACGAGAGACCACGUCGUCUUCAGAGACGCUUGGUGACUCCUGAAAAACCAAAGCGACCAAGAAGGGACGAUUUCGAUUACUGGAGAGAAGACAGUGACUAUGGAUCAUUGGACAAGCAUGAACCUCCUUCCAGGAGACCAUCCCCCGCGCGUGUUCACGGCCCACGUGAGUACAAAGAUUUACCGAAUGGCAACAGGCUGACCCCGACAGACAUCGAGUUCCAGCCCCGGAGGCUAGUGUCGCGCCCAAUGGCGCUAUCGUAUUAUUGAUCGGGAUCGAUCUUCACACCAUUUUUGAAGAUGCUUUAACAUUUGUUCAUGACUGUAUUUCAUUCACUAGAGCAUUGACAUUUUUCUUACUGUUAUUUAUAUUCAAUUUACAUUGUAUAGAUAUUUUUGUAUUGUUUACAACUGUUUUUUGUUGAAAUAAAAAA